UCUUAGCUACAACUUUGUUUACUUGUAAUAUUUAUAAUUGCAAAUUUUGAAGAUGUGAGGACUUUAGAUUUUUGUCGCAAAUAUGGACAUAAAAGUUAUUGAUUCAAAUCAAUGAUGCUUAGCUGAGGAAACACUGCCUGCUCCAACAACAAAUACGAAUUUGCUGAUAAGAAAAGUCAACUCCAUACCACUUGACAUUUGCUCAUCUGUUUUGAUUUGCUUGGUUUAUUUAUUUUUUCUUAUCAAAAAGAUUUGGCAAAUUUGGAAUUACUAUACGAAUUCGUGCUAUUAAAAUGCAGAAAUCGCAGGACUCGCGUGACCGCGGAGCCGAGGAUCUGUGUACAGUUUCGAUGCGUAUCUGCCAAGAAGGACACGCAAAUGCGUUGGCUCUGAAUAAGGAAUGCAACCAAAUAGCUGUUGCGGGCAGAAGCCUUUUAAAGGUGUUCGCGAUUUAUAGCGAUGGAUUUACGGAAGUAUGUAAUAUGCGUGGUGGCAAAAAUCAAAAUCUCAGUUACUCCUCCAACGAUGUGGCAUGGAGUACAUUAGAUAGUAACAUAUUAGCCACAGCUGCUACGAAUGGUGUAGUAUCCGUUUGGGAUCUAAGUCGUUUCGGACAAAAGAAGCAACUGCAUGUUUAUAAUGAACAUGAACGCACUGCACACACAGUUGCCUUCGACAUACACGAUCCGCACAUACUGGUGUCUGGUUCGCAGGAUGGGACUAUCAAGCAAUUUGAUGUGCGCAAUGAAAAGUCUUCCUAUACAUACUACAGCAAUUCUGAGUCCGUUCGUGAUGUAAAAUUUAGUCCACACACACAGUAUGUGAUAUCAGCAGUGUCGGAAAAUGGCACCGUGCAAUUGUGGGAUUUGAGGAAAGGCGACAAAAGCAUUUUACAGUUUACUGCACAUAGUGGGCCUAUUUAUACAUGCGAUUGGCAUCCAACGAAAAAUUGGUUAGCCACUGGAAGUCGGGAUAAGCAAAUAAAAAUUUGGAAUAUGGAUGGAAAAGCCUCAUUAGAGCAUACAAUCCAUACAAUCGCAGUGGUGGGCAGAGUCAAAUGGCGCCCUGAUCGCAUCUACCACAUAGCAAGUUGUGCCUUAGUGGUGGAUUAUAGUAUCCAUGUUUGGGAUAUACGGCGGCCAUAUAUACCAUUUGCUUCAUUUAAUGAUCACACGAAUGUUACAACCGGUAUUGCCUGGAAGGGAGACAAUUCACAACUUUUACUAUCUACCAGUAAGGACUCGACUAUUUAUAGACAUGCAUUUAAAGACGCUGUUCGUCCGUCAUCAAAAGCAAAUGCACAGGGCGCCAGUUUAGGGCAUAGAGGUGAUAUAUCGUUCGCUCGUAAAAUCAAAUUAACCACAACUGAAACUGUUACCCAUGGCUCAAAGAUUAAUUCAUUUGUUCGACAGCGAUCCAGCAACCACGAAGACCAAUUUCACUUAGCCCAAUCUGAUGUUUGCCAAUUUAUAUUGAAGCCAUCGUACAUCGGCUAUUCUUUAAAAGAGGAGAUCACGCAUUUAAAAGAACAUGAAUGUUUUAUUGGCUGCGCAAAGGAGCUUAUUUUGAAUGGCCGAAAAUUAGUGGAUAUUUGCGAGCAUAACGCUAAUGUCACAAAAAAGUAUGGUAAACACAAUGCUACAACUUUAUGGAAUUUCGUUAAAGUUUUAUAUGGUUCCAACGAAUUCGGAAAGCACGAAAUACACCGCAAUUCUUUUUCAAAACAAAAGAGUGUUCAGACCUUACGUCGCCCCGCACAAAUUACACAUGCACACGAAAUACUACAAUGGGAUCGAAAUGAGCGCAAUGAUAAUAAUAAUAAUGAUGACAUGGCCGAUACGGUUGUACAACUAGAUAUGGAUUCGACCGUCAUGGGCGGUGUUAGUACUACAAGUAGUAAACAAAAUUAUCCCCCAUUCGGCUCUGUGAUACUUUCUGAAACGCAAAUACUAAAUGAGAUUACUUUCGAUAACUUCGAUUUACUGCGCGAAGGUUUCAUAUAUGUAGGGCCACCAGACUUUUCCAAAAUGCAUUCCCAUCAGGAAUCGGCGUUGCAUCAUGAUGUGCAAGCAGCGCGGCCGCAUUUAGAUUUAAAAGCGGAAUCCAAAGAGGCUUCACCGCCACCCAACACGCCAAGUGUGCUGAAGGUGAAUUCAGCGCCCGCUAUACCCAUAUGGGAGCCACAUCAAUUUGUUGCCGAAUCGAUAAUGUUGCAAGGAGAUGUUGGCGAUGUACAAACAACCAUUUCAAUAUUAAUUGCUAUGAGCGAAACACGCAAAUUGCUUCAAAUCGACGAUGUACUUGUUGAGACAUGGUUCCAAACUUAUAUCGAUCAGUUGCAUCGCUAUCAACUCUGGAAUGAAGCCUGCAAGGUAAUGAAUCUCUCUUGGUUGCGCGCAGUGCGUGAGUUAAAUCAACAAUCCACCUCGGUGCAUACGAACUGUGGUGAAUGUGGGCGUUCAUUAGCCGGUAGUGUUGGUUGGUACUGCCAGAAAUGCAAAUCAAUGCAAUCUUCUAAAUGCUCCGUUUGUGGUCUCAUUGUACGUGGCCUCUACGCCUGGUGUCAAGGCUGUUCACAUGGUGGUCACUUAGAGCAUAUAAUGGACUAUUUUGCCAAUCAUUUUAAAUGUCCGAAAUGUGGCCAUUUAUGUGAAUAUAAUUAAUGUGUUCUAAUAGCAUACUGAACUGCUUACAUUUAUAUAUAUAUAUAUAUAUAUAUAUUUAAGUUGCGAAAGUGUCGUAAUUGUGUACUUACAUAGUUGAGAUCGUAAUAUUAUAGCAAAACAAAAACAAUGAAAAU